CAAGGGAGACAAUUUCGCUAAUGAGUCACUCGUCGAAAAAUAAAAAUGGCGACGACGUAGACAGUGCCGAAAAUUACUUUAACUUUUGGAUUUAUUUGUGAUGUCGCGGCUGGCUGACUAUUUUGUUAUUGUAGGAUUUGAUCAUGAAAAAGAAAGGGGAGGUUCCAGUUGCGGCAAAAUCCUACAGAGAUUCCCCAAGACGGACUGGCCACAAUGUCCAUUCACUCAGGGUAUAGAGCUAUUCUGUCAGCCAACAGGAUGGGUUCUGUCAAGUCAGAGACAGCAGCCGACAUAUUUUGUGUCGGUACUGACCGACAUCGAUGCAGACCGGCAUUAUUGUGCCUGUCUGACAUUCUACGAGCCGGUUGCCAUGACGUUAAAGCCAGAUGACGAGGAUAUUGACGUUGAGGACGCCAUUAUACCGCACCAUUCACAGAUGUUCGCACCAAAAAGUUUAGUUCUCAUUACACGCCAUGACUACCAUGAAACAUUUAGAAACUGUCUCGGAAUCAUAUAUACAGCAUAUGUUGACAAACUGCCAGUGGACAUCGAGACCCUAGUUGGGAACAUCAUCGGUUGUGUUCAAGCACCAACGUCUGGCGGUCCUCAAGUUAGAUUCUCCAUCGGAGCCGGUGACCGACAGGCUCUUCAACCCCCGCUGUGUUCAACCCUACCUGUUACCAAACAUGCCGUUGCAUUACUGUUUGAGCAAUUAGGAAUACAAACUGUGAUAGAUAUAUUUGUACUCUCCCUGUCCGACCACAAGAUUCUCUUCCAUUCACAAAGUUUUUCUCGUCUCACCGAGGCCUGCCACGCUCUCAUUUCACUGCAUUAUCCACUCAAAUACACAUAUGUAUAUAUCCCUGUUUUACCGACUGCACUCCUCGAGGUCCUGAACACCCCCACCCCCUUCAUCGCUGGUGUACACUCGAUACAUAAAGAAGACAUUAAAGAUUUGUUGGACGUUGUCAUCAUAGAUCUCGAUGGAGGUUGUGUACAUAUUCCCGAGUGUGUAACGUUACCCACAAUUCCAGAGCCUGUCCUGUCUCGAACGAUGAAAGCACUGCACAUGAUUCUUCAUCAAGAUUUGCUGGCAUCUGACUAUGCUUUUCCCUCCACUCCUACAAAGAAAGCUCCUUCUUUAGAACAAAAGGACAAAGAGAUUAGGGCAGUGUUUGUGCGUAUGAUAGCCGAAAUGUUCACUGGAUACAGGUCAUGUCUGGCUUUAAUCAGAAUACACCCAGAACCCUUCAUAACAUUUCACAAGGCAAGUUUUCUGGGUCAUAAAGGGAUGGUAGAGGAAGAUUUUGUGGUUAAAGUUCUUGGUGCGAUGAGCUUUAAUACAUUUGUGGCGGAGAGAGGUCCUCCAUACAGAGUCUGUGAUAUCUUUGAUGAGGUGUAUGCAGGUAUUCAGGAAGAUCUGGUAGAAGAGAGAGCUGAAUCAAACCUGGCUAUCCAGCAUAUCAAAGCCCUUGCUCAACAGCUGCAUAAUAAUGAAAAUCCAAAUCCCCAACCGUAUGUACAGAAAGUGCCAAAGCCGACAGAAGGAGCCUAUGCAAGAAUCCAUCAACCAGUUUUCCCUACAUUAGAUGAGGAGAAAGUUCAAGCUCUAAUCGAGGACGGAAUCUCAAAGUCAUCAAAGAACAAAUUAACCACAGUGCGGACUCAGAAGCGUAUUGUGCCUAUGGGACCGGCAAUCUCAACUAUAGGUGAUAGACAGAAAAUUGUAAAUAAUAAUGCAAGACGACUUGAAGUUCUUAGAAACUGUGUUAACUUUAUAUUUGAUAACAAGAUCUCAGAUGCAAGAAUUAUAUUUCCUGCUGUGUUACGAGCAUUAAAGAGUAAAGUAGCUCGUAUAGCAUUAACCCAGGAGCUGAGUCAUCAUAUACAGAGUAAUAGAGCGAUGUUAGAGCAUCAACAGUUUGAUCUCGUUGUUAGACUACUUAAUUGUGCAUUACAGAAUGAUUCAUCGAUGGAUGAAAAUGGUGUAGCAGCCUCUAUCCUCCCAUUGGCUACCUCAUUUUGUAGGAAAUUAUGUACGGGAGUGAUACAGUUUGCCUACACGCUAGUACAAGACCAUGCUGUAUGGGGAAACAUUCAGUUCUGGGAGGCGGCCUUCUACCAGGAUGUACAGAAAGACAUACGGCAGUUGUACGCCCCUCAAUACGAGGAGCACAUUAUGGUACGGUGGAGAAAAGAGGGUUCCAAACAAAGACAUAGUAUGGAAUUGAAUGCAAGUCAGAACUUAACACCGGAAUUAAAACGGCGGUCAGCGUCACCUUUCAAACAAAAAGAGAUAGGAGCCCUGGAGAUUGCUGCUGAACAAUUACGCAUAUGGAGUACGUUAAGUGAAGGUCAGCAACAAGAGAUGAUAAACAAUGAGGAAUCUACGGUGUACAGUCAGGCCAUACAUUACGCUAACCGUAUCGUGUAUAUGAGGGUACCACUUGACUGUAGCAAGUAGUUUAAGAACACGGGAGGCUACGAUGAUGAGAAUAAAAGCAAUAGUAACAUUACUGCAAGUUUGGCGGAGAGUGACAGUGUAGAUGCAGAGAGUGGGUUUGACGAGACGGAAGAGACGGGCAACGUAACGGCCGAGGUAAUACGAUUUGUGACCCGGUUUGUGGACAAGGUGUGUCACGACAGUGGGGUCACUGAUGACCAUGUGAAAGCCUUACAUCAGAUGAUUCCUGGUGGGGUAGCUAGCAUUUUAGAAUUUUUAGAAGCUGUCCACAGAAGUCCAAGAGUUUUACCUCCUAUAUUUCAGCCCAAAAUACUCACGCCAGCAUUGUUGCCGGGAGAAGAAAUUGUUAUGGAAGGAUUACGGGUUUACCUGCUGCCUGAUGGUAGAGAUGAGGGUACCGGGGUCACUAUGGGUGGCCCCUCCCUCCUGCCAGCGGAGGGAGCCGUAUUUCUUACAACUUAUAGAAUUAUAUUCAAAGGAUCACCUUGUGACCCUCUGGGUAAUAAAUUUUUAUGCAUUAGAUUUUUUCCAACUUACGGACGAAGGAAAGAAGUUAAACGUGAAAUAUUACAACAUUUAAACCAGUGGUUACAGGAGGGACUUCAACUGCGCUCAAAUAUCUUCCAGCUGUUGAAGAUAGCAUUUGAUGAGGAAGUGGUUGGAGAUAAUGUGGAGACGUUUAGAAAACUAGUCAAUAAAUUUCGCAAUCCAGCAAGUGUCUUUCAAACGUUCGCAUUUACUGGACACGCCAUCUCCCAACCUACGACUCUGCAUAAACAGAAAGAGAAAAAUAAAACAUUAAAGCAUUUUGCCAAAAAGACUUUGAUGAAAACUGCCAAGAAAGCAGGAAUAAAAACCAAACAAAGUUCAAGACAGAAAACCAAAUAUAUUUUACCCACAACACCUAUGAGGGGGCGGAGUUUAACACCAAGGUCAUCUGACAGCGAAUCAGAAGGAGGCCGACCUGGUAGUGAGGUCUUUGAUGACUUGUCAAUAGUGGAUGAGCACGAGUAUGAAUCCAAUCUGACUGCUGAUCCAAAGAAUCUGGAGAAGUUAUUAGAGCGUGCAGGGUACCAGGACUAUGUGAGACAAGGUCUAGGUAGUCUGUCUAUAGCCUCACAGAGAGAUAGAGCAAACCAGGAACCAUUCAGAAUAUCAUCUGUUAAUGCCAACUUCUCAGUAUGCAGGAGUUACCCACCAUUAUUUGUUGUGCCACAAUCAGUUCCCGAUGACAGUAUACGAAGGUUUGCUCGCACUCACAGACAAUGCAGAUUCCCUGUCAUUACGUGGAGACACAGUAGGACGAAAGCAUUGUUGUUACGAGCCAGUAGUUUCCAUAGUAGAGGCUUGAUGGGCAUGUUAAAACACAAUUCCUCCGGAAGUACAACAAGUGGGGAGACUACCUCCAGUGUAGAACAGGAGAAAUAUUUCAAAGUUUUAGUAGCAGCAACGCCUAACAGUGCACGGACGGGAUCAUAUAAGACUUCGUUCAGUGACUCGCUAGAUAGCCUCGAUAGUCUGAUGAUGUCCGGUGCCACUGGGGAAUCUCUAGCUAUACCAGAAACACCGGAUCCUCUACGUAGAACCCACCAUAGCAGUAACAAGAACAGAAGCAGUUUAAAACUAAAAGGUCAAUCUGACACUGGAGAUUUCGUGGGUCUUCAUUUGUCCGGAGAUGCCACGCCCAACACUGUUCGUAGAAGUAUGUUCUCCCGCGCAGUUGACACGUUACGCUCGAGCGGCGGGAAGGGAGGCAACCUUGGGAAGCGGCGGCUGGCAGCUAGCUUAGAUGGUACUAUAACACGAACAUUAUUUUGUCGUUCAUCUUACACAUACUGUCGCAUAUAUAUGCAUAAAAUAACAUGGCUACAUAGAGAUGUGUAUCUUCUAAUGAAAUCAUCGAAACCGUUUAUUGUUUUUGUAUGCAAACUAUAUUUCAAAUAGGAAAUCUUGAUUAGUUUCUGUGGCCGAGGGGCAAAGGUCACAUGAUUUAAAAUCAAUAGCUCUUACAUGGGUGUUAGAGAUAAAAUUUUCACAAGAAACCUCGGGAGUCUUCCAUACAAGUAAGUUUUCUAGUUACCUUAUGUAAGAUCAAUGGUCCUGUUUAAGCGCGAAGUUUGUGCCUCAAAUAAUGCAUCGAGGGAACCCCG